AUGCCUCGCAAAGGAAAGUUCAAACACAGGCUACACCGCAAUCCCUUCAGCAUGUACGAGCAGCUCCCCGCCAUCGACCAGCAGGCCAUGUUCGGACGUGAAGCUCCUCUUGCCCUUGACGUAGGCUGUGGCCCAGGCCUCUUCACUGCCGACCUGGCAAAGAAGCACCCAGAGUGGAAUUGCAUCGGCAAUGAGAUCCGCGAUCAUUACGUAGAGCAGGUCGAAGCUAAGAGGGAGGCGGGCAAGCUCACCAAUCUAAGAGGAAUCUGCGCCAAUGCGAAUUUGCAGCUCAUCAAUAUGCUCCCAGACGACUCGAUUGUCUUCUUCACUCACAACUUUCCCGAUCCUUGGUUCAAGAAGAGGCAUGAGAAGAGGCGUGUGUUGAACACAAAGUUCCUGUAUGAUCUCAGGCCGAAGCUCAAGGACGGCUGUGAGCUGCACAUUAUGACAGAUUACCAGCCCAUUGGCGAGGCAAUGCGCAAGGGCCUCAUGGCUACCUCGUUCCUCAGGCCUCUCAAGGGCAAU